GUGUGUAUAAAUGAGAUGUGCGAGGCUCUGCACUGCGCUGUGUCUGUAGCUGUGUUCUUCAGUUCAUCCAGCAUGAUGAGGGGGGUGCUACUGCUGCUGUCCCUCCUGGCCCCAGCCGUGCUGGCUGCCAGCCUGCCCGCUGCGGCCGACAAGCCCUUCACCUGCGCCGAGGAGGACAAGCAGGCGGCGGCGGCCGUGGCCGAGCACUUCAUCAACCACCACCACCACCGCGGCUACAAGUUCAAACUCGUCAACAUCCUCUCUGCCAAAGUGGAGCAGAAGGGCACACCCCAAUGUCUGCUGCUUUUGGAGCUUUCUUUGGCUGAGACAAAAUGCCACAUCAUUGACCCCAAACCAAUGGAUAAAUGUGAACUGCGGGAGCACAGUGACCAUAUGGUGAAAUCCAAAUGCAGUGUGACUGUCAGUGAGAAAGAGGGGAAGGCCAACGUUGACAAAUUCUCUUGCACGACAGAAGCAGACAAGCCAGAGGAUAUAGCAAGGGUGUGUCCCGACUGCCCAACUCUUAUCCCCUUACAUGACCCCGAGGGCUUGGAGAGCAUCCGUACUGCCCUGCAGAAGUUCAACGAUGAAGGAGAACAUGGCAGCUUCUUCAGGCUGAUGGAGGUUGGCAGGAUGACCAGUCAGUUUAUGUUCAUGGGAAUGUCAAUCUUUGCUGACUUCGCCAUCGUUGAGACAAACUGUUCCUCAAAAGUGAAACCAGAGGAACAGGAUAACUGCUUCACACGUUGUGACGAUAAAGCUCGCCAUGGACUCUGUGAGUCGACAUUAAUUGGAAAUGGUGAAAUAAGCAUUGAAUGCCAGAUAUUUGAUGUGCAGAAUGACACAAUAUUCCACCAUCACCCACCACCGGUUGCAGACAACUGCACAAAGCCCCCUUUUCCUCACAUGCACCCAGCCAACCACCCGCCGUUCCACCCGCUAGGUGGCCCCGGGAUGGCAGCUGCUGGGGCCCGUCCAGGUCCAGCCCCAGGCCAGGGCCCCCCAGGCCCUCCAGGACCUCCUGGUCCCCCAGGGCCACACGCCCGCCCCGGGUCUCAUGGACGAGGAGGGCCCCCUCGACACCAUGGCAAAUUCGGCGCCUUAGGUGAUCUACCAGAACAACCUGCCCUGUUCUUCCCUCAGUGUCCGGGCGCUGUGCAAAUCCCCCCUAAAAUCCACCCCAUCUGCCCCUUCCCCCCACCUCCACCUCCUAGCUCUCCCGCACAUGGCCAUGCCCAUGGUCACGGCCCCCCCGUGCCUCCCAGCUAAAUCACAAUGUCUCCUCUCACCCCCCACCUCCCAUUGUUCGUAUAGCAGCUUA